UUCUGUGAGAAUGAAGUCAGACAAGUCAUUAAACAGAGAAAUCUUAUCUAAAGAUCUUUCUGAGAAAUAAUUUUCUUUCUGAAAUUCAUAUUGUGUCCAUUCCUUUUCUAAUCUUCCUGCUUCAAGUCCAUUGGCAGAAAUCCAAAUUAAAACCAAUAGCUAUAUUUUUUAAUCUUCAAAAAACAAUUAGCUGGAGAUAUACAAAGUAUUCCUUAAUUAGGCCAAAGGUGGGAAAGAAGAUAUUCAAUUCAAACAUGACAUUCUUGAUCUCAUUUUCUUUACUGUUGAAUCAAGACUAGACACUUGGCCGCCCUUUUCAAUUUCUGGGAUUUAUGAGAUAUUAAGCAAGAGUCUAUAUUAGAAAAAUUUUAUUUUCAUUUAUGUGAUACCCACUGUAGUAAUAUGACAUUUACCAUAAUUUAGUCUCACUGGGUAGUUUAUAAGAUUUGAAAUCUCAGGGCUUUGCAUAAUCUCCUUCCAAGUGUUUUAAUUGACAUUCUGCUAUAAUGAACCCCACAGACCAUUACCUGGCUAAUUGCUUGAGUUACAGUGCUUAUACAAUGCCAUUCUUUGUCCUUGGUCUUUUGGGGUAUUAAAUAGCAAGGCUGUCCUGAAAGAGAAAGUGACUGCUGGUUUUCAUGUGAAGCUUUAAUGUCUUGGUAGUUUUUUUCAGGGACAGACCCCCGCUGUUCUUCUCUCGGCUGAUACCAAACCUGAUGCUUAUCAGAGACACCCUUAUUCUGGGAUUCUCAAUUCCCUCUGGGAGAGCCCUUGACCUCUAAAGCGUCUUCCAGAGCCAUUGCCACAGGUAGAGCUUUCUGUGACCUGAUGCGGAAAUCCUGGAAUAGGCCCCGGAGCAGUAGUUUUACUUCAUAUUUGAGUUCCCUGCAUCUGAGCAUGUGAGUGGGCUGAUGAAAGGACCAACAUACGUCUUUCCACACGGAGGAGCAGCGUAAUCAACGGAAGAUUCUAUAUCCUGAAGCUUCCCCGGAACCUCCCCUUCAGAGAACCUCUGGCUAAUUGUAGAUGGACUGGAUGAAGCGGGAGUGAGGAUCUUCUAGUCCUUUUCCAUAGUGAUUCCCAGCCCUACAGAGGAAUAUCCUACAACAGCAUUCUUCUUGGUCUCCAAAAGCCUCAACUAUGUGGAUGUUUUCUUGGCUGUGUGCCAUUUUAAUUAUUUUGGCUUUUGCUGGUAUGGACACAGUAGCAAAGACCACACCGCAUCCCAAAUUUACGAAGAAAUCUGAGGGAAAAGAGAUGCCGAAGGGUCUAAAGCCGUCCAGUGGCCCACCUCCAGAAGAAGAGGAAAUUCCUUUCACAGAAGUGGCUGAAAUGGUGGAACCGACCCCCAACCCCCCAGCCCUAGAUUCUGCCUUCGGUACUGCCACUCUCUUCCCCUUUGAAAACUUCACUCUUGACACGGCUGAUUUUUUUCUGAAUUGCUGUGAUUGUUGUUCAUCUGUCCCAGGGCAAAAAGGAGAACCUGGAGAGACUGGAAAGCCAGGUCUUAAGGGAGAGGCUGGUGGAAUGGGGAUCCCAGGACCACCAGGAAUUGUUGGACCCCCAGGUCCAAAAGGCCAGAAAGGAGAGAAGGGACUUAAGGGGGAACGUGGGGACCAAGGAACAAGUGGAGCCCCAGGAUACCCGGGAAAACCCGGAGAACCAGGUGGCCUUGGUCCUAAGGGGGAGAGAGGAAACAUCGGACUGACCGGAGUGAAGGGGCAAAAAGGCUCCAAAGGGGACACGUGUGCAAAUGGUACCCAAGGAGAUAAAGGAGACCAGGGGGCUGCGGGCUCACCUGGCUUGAAUGGAGAGCCUGGGGCCAAGGGAGAGAAAGGGGAGAUGGGGGAAAAGGGCUGCUGUGGGGAGUCUGGGCAGAGGGGAGGGAAGGGAGAAAAAGGUGAGGAAGGUCUGAAAGGGGAAAAAGGUAGCAAAGGAGAUACUGGAACGGAAGGCAAAGGCGGCCCAGAUGGCCUGCCUGGGGCCCCAGGGGAUCCAGGAGUUAAAGGAGAAAAGGGAGAGUUAGGUCCUCCUGGUCUUGCGGGGCCUGUGGGGCCAAAAGGUGAGGUUGGGAGCAAAGGGGUCCGGGGAUCUAUUGGCAAGAAGGGCUCUCGGGGCUUCAAAGGCUCCAAGGGGGAGGUGGCCAGAGUGCUGCGGUCAGCCUUCAGCGCCACUUUAUCGAAGCCUUUCCCUCCUCCCAACAUCCCAAUCAAAUUUGACAAGGUUCUCUAUAAUGACCAAGGGAAUUACAGCCCUGUCACUGGCAAAUUUAACUGUAGUGUUCCUGGCGCAUAUGUAUUUUCCUACCAUGUCACUGUGAGGGGCAGACCCGCUCGCAUCAGCCUGGUGGCCCGGAAUAAGAAGCAGUUCAAGUCCAGAGAAACGCUCUAUGGCCAUGAAAUAGACCAGGCCUCUCUUCUUAUCAUCCUGAAAUUAAGUGCAGGGGACCAAGUCUGGUUGGAAGUUUCGAAAGAUUGGAAUGGGGUCUAUGUCAGCCCUGAGGAUGACAGCAUUUUUACUGGGUUCCUUUUGUACCCAGAGGAAAAUUCUGGAAUUUCACCAUAAACUGUGUCUUGAAUGCUGUAGUUUGGGUUCAGUGGAAUAAGUCAGGCAACACAGGUAGUGUUACUAAAAAGAACAACUUUCAUUAUGUUUUUCAUGAGUAUAAAAAUAAUACAAAAAAAAUAAGAAAAAUAUUGUAUAACCUAAAGUCAAUUACUCUGCCUAUUUUAAGACAUCACUUUUAAAAAAUAUAUUUAUAGGUAUUGGAAACAUGUGUCUAUUAAUUUUGUAGUUAGCUUUUUUCAUUUAGCAUUAUAAUGCCAUUUCCCAUGCCAUUUAAAUAAUAUCUGCAUAUAAAAUAUGAUUGACAUCUGUAAUUAAUAAAUAUAUUCUUACCAAA